CGGAAACCAAUUGUGUUGCAGAAAGGCGAUGCAGAAGUGGACAGAGCGGGUCCGAGCCCCAACACCUGACGAUGGGUUCAGUUGGAGGAAGUACGGUCAAAAGGAAAUUCUUGGAUCCAAGUAUCCUAGGGACUACUAUAGGUGCACUCAUGUCCAAGGUUGUUGGGCUAAAAAGCAAGUGCAAAGAUCCGACGACGACCCCACUGUCUUCGAGAUCAUGUACCAUGGAAGGCACACGUGCAUUGACCACCCUGCCACUGUCGUCCCUCCUUCUCCGCUGCCUGAAAAUCAAACUGAUUCCAAUGCCUCCAUCGAUGAUGCCCCUCUCCAAAUCAGGGAACUCCCUGUGUUUGUCUCGGCCGCAACUUCAGGGAACAACUCUCAAGCAACAGGACACCAGAGACGAUUACCAGAGUUGAAGGUAGCUUAUCACGGAAGAAAGUCGGAUGACAAUGAGAUGCAACGACUUGUUGAGGUCAACAUACCUUUCUUUCUCCCUCUUACGUUAUUAUUAGUUUCUAGCCUAUGUUUGCCUCCAAUAGGGUUACAAGAAAAAUCGAUCUCUGAUGAGCCCGUCGCUAGUUCAAUUGAUACAUCCAUUAGUUUGGGUUUGGGCCUCUAUUCUCAUACUGCUGACGAUCAGAAAGGUAGCUUCCAUUCCUCAAAGAAUCAUUAUAUGUUAAAUGAUUUGGGGAGAAGAUUUGCAACAUGA